AUGGCCUCACAGGAGCAGGUGGGACUCCUGGCACAGUCCAGCGACGGCCCGUGCCGAGAGGUCGUGUUUCAGAUCGAUCUGGAGACGCUGCAGGAUGGUCUUGAGAAGAUGGCGCGUCACUCGAAUCCAGUUUCGCGAAAGCUGAUGCCAAGCGGCUGGAGAGAGCUGGGCAUCAACUUCGACGACAUCAAUGAAUGUGGCAUCCAGUGCCGCGAAGAUGUUGGAAAGACGUUCAAGGAGCCAAGCAGUCUUUGGGUCGUGAUCGACUUUCUCAUUUGCUACCGGGUGCCCCUGAUCCUCAAGCUUUGGUCGCUGCUUGUCGCUGUGUACAUCUACCUGGGAGCAGGCUUGGGGAGCGAUAUCACCACCUCCUUCAACGGCUCUUUGCUAUGGCCACAGUGGGCGAGAGUCAACUUCAUCCAGUACACUGCCAUCGCAGAUGCUAGCCUUGGGGCCUGCCUGGAGCUCAUCACGCUGAGCUACGCAUGUUGGCAGAGGUUGCCCUCACUCUGCUACUGGUCACCCGGGCGUUGCUGUCCCUCCCUUUGCAUGCGAUCUCCUGGCGUUCCUCGACUCUGGUGGCUGGCCAAGCGCAUGGUGAGCCUGGUAAUGUUCACGGUCGGUGGUGCUUUCCUCAUCUUGGGCGCCAAGUUCAGGAUCAAGCCAUGGCAGUGCCGGCAAUCGGACUCUGGAGACUGCAAAGACCCGCGUGCAGCCACCUUCGAGGAUCUCAGAGACACGCUCCUGGAAGACUGGCUCUACUGGGGGAUCCGCGUGGUCCUUUUCUGCUUCAUGCAGUUGAGGAAAGGGCCGAUCUUCAUCUACGGCACUCCUUGGAAAAAUGCACGGCGAGAUGGUGGCCGUGGCUGUCGGGAAAACUGCUUGAAGACGGAUCUGGUGGUGUUUCUACUAUGGGCGCUGAUGCUCACGAGCAGCAUCGUCCUGGAGAUCUUCAUCAUUCUCCCAGCCAUGAAAGGCCUCGACCUGAACUCCACCUGCGGCCUUGACUUCUUGGGUCAGGCUUUUGCUUCAGGGCCAGUGGCUAUGGGCACGGUGUGCUGCAUCGGCCGUGAGGGCCACGAGAAACCGCGUCAAGCUCCAGCCGGGCCAGGAUGCCUUCUCGGCACCAGUCCGCUAAACGCAGAGACCAAGCCCGACAGCCACCUAGCACCGAAGGAGGCCCUUUUCUCGCUUCCGAUCAGACAAGAGGAGCUGGACAAUGCCUUCCGGUUCACGGUGCACUUUGUGUGGCCAGACUUGAACCGU